AUGCACGACCUGGAGACGCUGUGGGAGGUGCCCCGCAAGCCCAAGGGUGUGCUGUUUGUGGCCCAUGGCUGCAGCCACCAGGGCAGCGACUUCUGGCCCGCGUCGCAGCGCUGCAAGCACUGCCUGGGGCUGCCGGAGGAGAUGGGGGUGCGGGCUGCGGCCCUCAAGCGCGGCUAUGCAGUGGUGGCGGUCACAUCGUACAACCGAGACAGCAGGUGCUGGCACAACACGCAGGCCAAGCGGUCAGAGGACCUCAAGCGCCUGCCCAGCAUCCUGCGGGAUGUGAUUCAGGAGGAGGGGCUGGCCGGGCUGCCGCUGUUUGCCUUUGGCGCCUCCAGCGGCGGCAGCCUGGCGCUGCGGCUGGCCGCAGUGAUGCCGGAGGUGCAGGGCGUCAUCUGCCAGAUCACUCCCGUCAACCCGUCGGCGCUGGAGGUGGAUGGGGGAGGCAGCCGCCGCUUCCCGCCCACCGUGUUUGUGCACAUGGCGCAGCGCGACCCCGAGAAGGCGGAGACGGUGGCCGAGGCGAUCAAGAUCCUCAAGAAGGCGGGCACCCCUGCCACGGAGAUCAAGGUGGCUCCGCAGGCGGUGACGGCGGCACUGCUGCAGCGCUCCGACCAGAUCGGCGGCAAGCAGGCCAAGGCAAUCGUGGCGGCGCUGAAGAAGGGCGGCGCGCUGGACAAGAAAGGCCUUCUCAAGCUGGACCCCCGCUCCUCGGCCUCCACCUGGCGCCAGAUGGUGGAGCCGGUGGCGGGCGGCCUCAGCCUGGAAGCGGAUGUGUCGCAGAUUGGUGAGCUGCUCAAUGUGGCGUACGCCCGCCACGAGAUCGUCAGCGAGCACACCGCGGCGUCGCUGGCGUGGCUGGAGGCGGGCGGCAAGAAGAAGAUGGGAUAG